GUAACAGACGGAUCGCCAGUGAUAGCUGAAGCGCGCUCCCGGUGCGCGCCGCGGUUCCAGCGGGAGCGCGUCAGAGGUUUCAUUAGAGAUGUGCAAACUUCCGCCGGUUGAAGGUGGGUCAAGUCACAGAGAGAGAAAGAAGUUUGCUUUUGAAAUUUCUGGAGACAACAGCGACGCCAAAGUGGAUCUCGUCUCUGACUGUUUGAUCUGGAUCGACGUUGUGACAGUGGCUGCUUGCGGCGGAAAUAAAAAAAAAAAAACAUCAAAAAAAGCAGCGUGGCUUUUGACGCUCUGAGAUAAAACGACUACAAUGUGUUUUUUGACAAUCAUUAUUUAGACUGUGAACCUUUUUGUCUCCAUGUUCCCGUGUUUUCCUUUUUAAUCUUCUGAAAAAUUCAAGCAUCUAAAACCGGACUAGUUGCUCUGAAACUGUGGGAAAGAAAAAUCCUGUUUCAUCGCGAUGGAUGACACGGAGUGAAUUUUGUCAUUAAUUGGACUUAAAUUUCUUCUUUUGAAGAGCAACGUCGAAAAGUAACAAGUUUGUGCAAGGAAGCGGGGAGGAGAUGACACCCAGCCCUUUAUUCCUGGUCCUCAUUCUGUCGCUUACAAACAGCAGAGCAGAGAAUGCUGAGGAGCGGCUGGUGAACCACCUGCUGGGACAGGAGCGCUACAACAAGCUGAUCAGACCUGCAAUGAAUAAGAGCCAACAGGUCACCAUCUCCAUACAGGUUUCUCUGUCGCAGCUCAUCAAUGUUAAUGAGAGGGAGCAGAUCAUGACGACCAAUGUGUGGCUGUUUCAGGAAUGGAAUGACUACAGACUGAGAUGGGACCCGGAAAAAUAUGAAGGCAUCAAAAAACUGCGAAUCCCUUCCAAACUGAUCUGGCUUCCUGACAUAGUGCUUUACAACAAUGCCGACGGUGUGUACGAAGUUUCCUUCUACUGCAACGCCGUGGUCUCCAACACGGGCGACAUCUUCUGGCUCCCCCCAGCCAUCUACAAGUCCGCCUGCUCCAUCGAGGUGCAGAACUUCCCCUUCGAUCAGCAGAACUGCACGCUCAAGUUUCGGUCCUGGACGUACGACCACACGGAGGUGGACCUCAUCCUCACCAGCGACUUCGCCAGUCGGGACGACUUCACGCCGAGCGGGGAGUGGGACAUCGUCUCGCUCCCGGCACGCAAAAACGAGGACCCCAGCGACAUCACGUACCUCGACAUCACUUACGAUUUCGUCAUCCAGAGGAAGCCUCUGUUUUACACCAUCAACCUGAUCAUCCCGUGCGUGCUGAUCACGUCGCUGGCCAUCCUGGUGUUCUACUUGCCUUCGGACUGCAGGGAGAAGAUGACGCUGUGCAUCUCGGUGCUGCUGGCCCUCACCGUGUUCCUGCUCCUGAUAUCGAAGAUAGUGCCGCCCACCUCUCUGGCGGUGCCACUCAUAGGCAAAUACUUGAUGUUCACCAUGGUGCUGGUCACAUUCUCCACCGUCAGUACGGCCUGUGUCCUCAAUGUGCAUCACCGCUCCCCGUCUACUCACUACAUGCCAGACUGGGUCAAGCAACUCUUCUUGGUUCGCCUCGCGACCUUCCUGCUCAUGAGACGCCCGGGUUCCUCCAGCGUCCACAAUAAGCUCCGCAAAAGGCUCACCAGCAGGAGCCCCGUCAGCAAAAGCAGCUUCCACAGCGGCGCAGGCAGGAGGCAGCAUUCCGACACCAGACUGGGAGGAAUCCCCACAGACUGCAACUCUUUCUACGUCAACGAGGACUCGGCGUACAACUGCUGCUGGAAGACGGGCGACGCCCGGGACUCCCCCGACUUUGGGAGGCCGACGGCGGCGCAGCUGGAUGCAGAGCUGGAAGAAGCAGUGGAUGGAGUGAAAUACAUUGCUGAACACAUGAAGAUGGAAGACGGCAAUGAAGGGAUCAUCGAGGACUGGAAGUACGUUGCCAUGGUGAUAGAUCGUCUCUUUCUCUGGAUCUUCAUCCUGGUGUGUGUGGUGGGAACUCUGGGACUCUUCAUGCAGCCUCUCUUCCAGAGCUACAACACGCCCACAGCUGAUGACACAGAAUAUGGAGACUUCUAGGAUUUCUGUGGCGCAGAAGUGAAAACAGUCGAAUCAGCAUCAAAAGGAGAGAAGAAGCUGAACAUUUGUCAAACAUAAUUCGGCUGCUGCUGGUCAGAUCUGAUGUGCAUUCAGCCUGACCGGGGCAGCAUGCUGCACUUGUUGAAUUUGCAACGUUGGACUUUAAAUGCGAAGCAGUGCUUGUGCGAGGAUUGAAGCAGCUCGAUCGCACGUCCAGGAGGAACGACAGACUUUACAACUCUCUUCUCUGUCCAAUUGAUGAAUACACCUUCACGACUACUUAAGGACAAAUUUUGAUGUCUUUGAACCACUGUGAAAGUUUGGACUGGGUUCAAGUCAAAGACAGACUAGUAUAUUCACACUGAGGCUCUUGUGAAGCCAUCUGCUGCGGUGUUCAUAUGGAAACUCUCUGAGAUGACGCAGCGGAUAGUUAUUUCUCCUCUACCCACUCCAUUCAAACCAAUAUUUAAUGACACACAACUCACUGUGUCUUUUUCACCUUUCUUUCUUUCUUUCUUUCUCUCUUUCUUUCUUUAUUAUAAAACUAUUAUUCCACCAUCCCCUUAGUGAGCGCUUCAUUUCCAUCGCCUGUCCUACUUUGGAUGUUACUUGUUCUGCUGUUGGUCUCUGUCACUGCGUUUUUUUCUUCUCUGCUUAGGUUUUUUCUUUGUCUGUCUGUUAUUUUUUUUUGACAUGCUAUAUCAAAAAGCCUGUCAGACAAACUCGGAGAGGACUCGGGAAAACUUCCCCGAAAGACCACAUGACAAAAAGUGAUGUAAAAGCAGUGAAAGAAUGAUUGGUUGCAGCUGCCAUGCCCACAGAGAAACAUGUUGGAAGCUGAUUUGUGAUUACUUUCUUCAGAUUGAACUGGGUUUUUCCUCUAGGUGGAUGAAACCCAAUCAAGUUGUUGUUUUUUUGUUUGUUUGUUUUUUUUACCCAACAUUACAGAUUUCAGCCAGCGAGUUUAGGAAUGAGCAACUUUAGCUUUCAGACUUACAGAGACUGAACGUAUACAUCCAAACAAAAGUGACGUGUCCAUCAUCCGACAGAAAUAGAAAACCUGAAAGAUGGCGUGAGGGACUGCUGCCACAUCAGGAUGUUUUACAUCUACAAAAAGAAAGAAUGAAUGCUGAAGCUGAAACUACAAAAAUUAUGAUUUGACGUGUGUGCGGCACAUUCUAAUGUAGCAAGUUGUCACAUUAAAGACAGAAGAAGGUCUAUUCUGUUUUGUUUUUUACUUUUAUAGAGGGUAGAUCCACUUUUUUGGAACGAUAUCAAAUGUACACUCAGCAACAAUGUGAUGUUACACGUGUAAAAUAAGAUGAAUGAAUUUUAAAAUAUUUUCCACACUAACUGUGUUCUAAUAUAAAUAUGUUGAAUAAAAGCAAAUCUGUGUUGAAACUCUACAAUAAUGUGCUGACAAAAUGUUUUGACUUUAUGUCAAACUCAAGCAUGACAGAUUUUCAUUUAAUAAGAUUUAUGAUUAAAUCACAGUCCCUCUUUGUGAACAACACUCCAUCCAAACAUGCUGUGUGACACAUGCAGAGUUUUUUUAUUCUUCAGGUUUCACAUCUGCUGACACUUCUGUGGUGUUAAAUAUUGACAGCAGAGUAAAUGUCGAAGAGCUGCUGUCACAUUAAGAGCCUGGGGGUGAGAAAUAAGGGCACAUUAUGUCAUGAGGUAAUUUCUACAGACUCUGUAAGUAUGAGUUGUGACAAGGUGACAUUAAACGAUGUGUUCAGUGCUCAGGGGGGCUAACGAGGUCAGCAAAAAGUGGCUAAAAUACAUUCUUACUUUAGAAAAUGGAACAUUGCGACAAAAAUGAAGGCACGUGGUUUGCUGCCUUUAACAUUCCUGCAGUUGUUUUGUGCAGGUUUUGACCGAAAACGUCAGCGUCAGUCAGCCUGUGUGUGUGAAGGUUUAUGAAUGUGUGUAAAGCUGUUUUCUUACUGUUAAUAUGCUUUGUGGGUUUGUCCUGCUCGGUCUUUAGGUUCAAAAAGUGUGUUAAUGGCCGAGGCGGUGAGUUGGAAUCGACAAAACACAAUAAAUGCUCUUCGCUCCGUUGAA